AAGCACAGGGACACGAUCCCUCACCAAGUCCUGGCCUCCUGCGCACUUGGGACUACAACACCCAGAAGGCAGUGGGGGCCAGGCCUUUUUGAUGACGUAAGAGCCUGCGGACGGAGCCCGGGCAACAUGGCGGGGAGCGCGGCGUCGAUCGGAUUGGCCGAGAAGCUGCAGGGACUCAACGGGCUCUUUGCAAUUCACAAGAGGAAAGGCCCCACUUCAGCAGACGUGCUGAAUCUCCUGAAAUCCAAGCUUUUAGAAGAAGCUGGCAUUAAGCAGCAUCCAAAGAAGAGAAAGAAACAAGUUCUGAAAAUGGGACAUGGAGGAACCCUUGAUAGUGCAGCAUCAGGAGUACUUGUGGUUGGAAUUGGAAAAGGGACCAAAAUGCUCAGUGGAAUGUUAUCAGGCUCCAAGAAAUACACAACAGUUGGAGAACUUGGAAAGGCUACAGACACAUUUGAUGCAAUAGGAAUGGUGACAGAAGAACAAUCAUAUGACCACAUAACAAAGGAUGAUCUGGAAAGGAUGUUGAAGAAAUUUACAGGAAGCAUUAUGCAGACUCCACCAUUAUAUUCUGCUUUGAAACAAAAUGGGCAACGACUUUCCUGUUUGGUGAAGAAAGGAGAAGCUGUAGAAUCUAAACCUGCUAGAUCUGUAAUGGUGUAUGAUCUUUCUGUACAGGAUUACAGUCCUCCUCACUUUACUCUUGAUAUUGAAUGUGGAGGUGGCUUUUAUGUUCGUAGUUUGGUGAAUGACCUUGGCAGAGAGCUUUCUUCCUGUGCUCACGUUAAGGAGUUGAUCAGAACCAAACAGGGACCUUUCACGUUGGAUGAACAUGCACUUCGAGAAGAGAAGUGGACAAUUGAUGAAAUAGUAAAAGCCAUUGAGAACUGGACACAGUUCGUUCCCUCUGAAGGAGGGUAUAAGAAAUUGAAGACUGAAAUCUCUGAACAGGAAAAAGAAAUCGAUUGAUACUGCAGUGCAUUUCUUGAUGAGGCGAACAAAGACUUGUGAUUAUAUAGUGCCUUUGUCUGGAUGUCCUGAGGCACUUCACAGCAUUUCUUUUGAAGUAUAUGAAGUGUUGUCAUGCAGGAGAUUCGGCAUCCAAUUUUGCACAGCCAUGUUUCACAAACAGUUAUGUAAUGGUGGCCAAAUGUUGUUGAUGUUUGUUUGAAGGAUAAAUGUUGGUCAGAGCACUGUAAUCUGAAUUUUGCUGGAGUAAUCUUGUGUAUCUCUACAUAUCCAGAGCUUUAAACAGCUCUGAAUAAGAAUAUAAUCACUUUGAAAAUUAAAACUGUCAACUUCCAUUGUUGCCCAAUUAAACUGCAACCUACUUUAUACACACACCAAACACUGUGCUAUUGUAUAGGGAAAUCCGGUCAACAUCCUGAAGACUUUGUUUUGCUGACAUGUAAAUGAUGCAAGAUGUGAAUAGUGCUUGUAUAAUUAGGAAGUAACUCAUAAAAAAUUCAGUACAUAUUCUGUUAUCAAAGCUGAUCUAAUAAAUGUGUAAGUUUU